AUGUCAAUGUUGCGAGACGCCGGCCUCCGUCGUACGACACGUUUUGCCGCCGUAUUUGCCGUCGUUAUCUUCUCCCUCAUCGCCGUCGCCCGCUGCUCCAACAAUGACUCCGAGGUGACCUGCAGCCGAAUCUGCGUAGCAGAGAACUGUAAUUCUGUUGGGAUUCGGUACGGGAAGUACUGCGGAGUAGGGUGGACCGGCUGCCCAGGGGAGAAGCCCUGCGAUGAUCUUGAUGCUUGCUGCAAGAUUCAUGACGAUUGUGUUGGCAAAAAAGGUAUGACCGAUAUAAAAUGCCAUGAGAAGUUCAAGACCUGCAUAAAGAAAGUACAAAAAUCUGGGAAGGUUGGAUUUUCUCAGCAGUGUCCUUAUGGAACAGCUGUGCCUACAAUGGUACAAGGAAAUGAAACUGACGGGAUGGAAGAUAGGCAUUUAUUUCCUGGGGAUGGAAAUGAUUUUUCUUCCUGUAGGAAGAAUUGGAACGGGCAAUUUGAGGAUCCUACCACUGCAGCACAGGCAGCUGCUGAAUCAGCAGAAAAUGGCAAGCAUAGCUGCCAGAGCAACUGCAGAACUUUUGCGGCAAUGCUCAUCAAAAUCACAUCACAAAAUUUGCCUGUCAGCCUCCUCGAGAACCAGUAG